AUGCAGGGAGCUUUGUGCAUCAAACCAACAAUUCUUCUUCCUCUUCCUUCUCCAAAGCUCACUCUUCUUCUUCCUCACACCAUAACUAGCACCAAAGCUUCGAGACACUCAUCUCUCAGACCGAACUCAUCAUCUCCUUCAACCUCUGAUUCUCUCACCGUUGAUUACAACUCUCUCCUUUCUGUUUUCCCAGCGGAAGCAUGUGAAACAAUCAGCGGAUACGCCUGUUCUGCUGACAUUUACCCUGAAGUCAAGCUCGACACAAAGCCAGUCCCACGUCCCGUUACUCCAGAGCCAGUAGACCGAGAAUACCAAGAGUAUAACAACCCCAAAACAGUUUUCCGUUCAGAAGCCUGCGAUGAUCUUGGAGGAGAAUUCUGCGAACCUGACUAUCAAAAAGAUGACAACUAG